AUGCCAGAAAUAGCAGAACGCCACGACAUCAUCAUCUUGGGAGCCGGCCUCUCUGGCAUAAACACUGCCCACGUCCUCCGCCAACAGCUGCCCCAUCGUCGCUUCGCCAUUCUCGAGGGCCGCUCCGUCAUAGGCGGCACAUGGAGUUUUUUCAAGUUCCCCGGCUUCAGGUCGGAUUCGUACAUGACCACCUUUGGAUUUCGAUGGCACCCCUGGCCACACGCGCACAAGAUUGCUUCGUCCAAAGAAAUCGUCGCAUACAUCGAGGACGCCGCCAGACAAGACGGCACGUACGACCAGAUCCGGUUCGACCACCGCGUCGUCGAUGCGGAAUGGCGCGACGAGGACAGCUUUUGGCGACUGACCGUCGAGCACGCCGGAGAGGCCAAGGUCCUGGCGGCAAACUUCGUCAUCGGGUGCACGGGGUACUAUGCCUAUGACCAGGCCAUGCCAGCCGCGAUCCCGGGCAUCGAGAGCUUCUCGGGCACCGUGGCGCACCCGCAGUGGUGGCCGGAGGAUUUGGACUGUUCCAACAAGCGUGUCGUGCUCAUCGGCUCGGGCGCAACAGCGUACACUAUUGUGCCGGCACUGGCUGAUCAGGUCGCGCAGCUGACCAUGGUCCAGAGGAGUCCCAGCUACGCGGCCGCGAUUCCGAGGACGUCGUGGUUGGACACGCUGCUGCGGGCCAUUCUGCCCAUGGGUCUUGCGCACAAGAUCUGCUGGUGGAAGGACAUCGCCUAUGAGAUGUUCAUCACGCAGUUCAUGGUGCAUUUCCCCGGUGUUGCCAGGUUCGCCCUGCGGCUCAACACAAAGGCCGCAUUGCCCAAGGACUGCGACGUGGACAUUCACUUCAAGCCGCGAUAUGAGCCCCUCCAGCAGCGGCUGUGUCUCUGCCCGGAUGGCGAUUUCUUCCGAGCCUUGCACCGGGCUAAUGUCGAGCUUGUUACAGACGUCAUUGACAAGGUCACGCCGGAUGGCGUACUGCUGCAGUCGGGUCGCAAACUCGACGCUGACAUAAUUAUCACCGCGACGGGGCUUUAUUUCCAAAUCAUGAGCGGUAUAGCUGCCAACGUUAAUGGGGUUCGAAUCGUCCCCGGUUCGCGUUACACCUGGCGAGGCACCAUGCUCGAGUCUCUUCCCAACAUGGGCUACGUUUUGGGAUAUGUGUUGCAGUCGUGGACACCCGGGGCGGAGGCAAUUGCCAAGCUGCUUGUGCGUGUCAUCAAGAGCAUGGAAGACAAACAGGCUACCAAGGCCAUGCCCGUGUUGGAGCACAGGAAAGACAUGCCGAGGAAACUGGCGGUUGAUUUGAACAGCAAUUACUUUGUCAAGGCGGCUGACAGGAUUCCCAAGGUUACGGGGGAGGACCCGUGGUAUGGACGUACACACUGGAUUCGCGACAUGUGGAGCGUCUUGUUUGGAGAUAUUGACAAGGGGUUGGAGUUCAGCGGACUGAGAGAGGGCAAGAAGAGCUUGUAA